AUCCCUUUCCCUUUCGAUGCCCGUCAGUUAUACAGCGCUCUACCAGUUCCAAACACACACAUCAAGUUCUCUUAAACACAUACGCUCAUCCGGACAGUUGAAAAGACAGAGAUCCGUUACAUUUUACUCCAAACUGUAAAGUCGUAACCAUGACGAAGGGAUGCAUCACGGCAACCAAGUACUUCCUGUUCCUCUUCAACCUCCUGUUCUUUAUCUUUGGAGCAUUAAUCAUGGGCUUUGGACUGUGGGUCCUUCUGGAUAACCAGAGCUUCAUCGCUGUUCUACAGGAGUCCUCCACCACCCUGCAGGUGGCCUCCUACAUCCUGAUCAGUGUGGGAUCCCUGUCAAUGGCCAUGGGCUUCCUGGGCUGCAUCGGAGCCAUCUACGAGAUACGGUGCCUGCUGGGCCUGUACUUCACCUGCCUCCUGCUCAUCCUCAUCGCCCAGGUGACGGCUGGCGUGCUGAUAUAUUUCCAGAGAGAAAGUCUGAAGCACGAGAUGUCCAACAUAAUCAAAGGGAUGCUGGUUAACUAUACCGGUCAGAACCGAACCACAGAACACACCUGGGACUACAUCCAGAGGACAAUGAUGUGCUGUGGAUGGACGGGGCCGGGUAACUGGUCGGAGAACGUGCAGAUCCAGAACAGUUCCAUCCCCCUGUACUCAUGUUCUUGCCGGAACAUAACCCUCCCCGGGACGGACAUUGCAGAGACCGGGCUCUGUGAACACCUCUCAGCGGAACUGCCUGUUUACCAAACGGGUUGUAUUCACAGUGCGGAGAGCUGGCUGUGGCAGAACUCUGGGGUUAUUGUUGGAAUCUGCGUUGGGGUGGCGGUCAUUGAGCUCCUGGGGAUGCUCCUGUCCAUGUGUCUCUGUAGGAGUGUUGUCCAGGAGGACUACAGCAAAGUACCCAAGUACUGAUGAGGAACGGCUGAACACACACACACCGGAAAUAAGCGUACCAUAUGGUCAUGUGUCUUUUUGGGACACAUUUGUUGUUUAUCUUUGAUCACCAGUUAUUGACGUGGUUAGAUAUCUUUAUGAAUUCAGUGUUGGGUUUUUAUGUGUUGGUGUAAACAAACGCCUGUACGUUCUUCAGUUCUCUCCUGUUUGUCCUGGUCAUUAGGUUACUUAGACUGGUAGAUUAAUAGAAACCUUCCGUCUGUGUUUAUAACAGCACUUAAGUCUUGUAAGCUGUUGAUCAGUCAGACAGACAGAAAAUUCAGACAGACAAUACAGACAGACAAUUCAGACAGACAGACAGAUGUUCCCGUAGUGAUUUUUGGAUCAGGUCUGAUGUCUCCAUUUUGAUCUAUUCAUUAUGAUCACAGAUGCUGAACUGAUGCUAGAUCAGCACUAUUUUAUUUGAAUAUGGGCCCAGAGCAGGGCUACUCUCGUGGGGUUAACAUCCUUAUUC